UGGGAGCAUAGUUUAAUACUUGUUAGACUAAUGUCCUGAGAGCCAGGUUCGUAAGAGGCACUUCGUUGAAACCAUUCAGAUUUUGCUAACUAAGUUAGGUGGCUAAGUGUAUCUGUAUGUGCUUCUGUGUGUGCUCACUGCUAAUUAAAGGGCCAGGGUGUCUUUUUUUUUUUUUUUUGAGACACUUCUCUACAGCCAUAACAAUUCUGUGCAGAUAUUUAUUUAAGUGAAGAGGAAAUGCUUCCUCUUGUCUUCCAGUACUCUGCAAAAAUAGAGAAGGAAUUCAAAAUAACUGCUUUCAUGUGUUAGGAAAAUUCUCCCUAUGUGCUUGGAGCAGGACACCUGGGAAUACCUGGGACAUCUGACCCACAACUGUUCUGAAUACCCUCUAAUUUAGUAAGAAGGGAUAUUAUGGUGCCAUGUUUCACAUGCUCCCAGCCAUUAUUUGUACAUUUCCAUAUAUAUAUAUAUAUUUUUUUUUAAGGUAAGUCCCAGACUGCUUUUAUCUUUUCAGGAUCUUUCUUAUUGUGGCACAUCUUACUGACACAGGAAAGAGUUCUGUUCUGUUACUUGUAAUAGUGUGGCACCUGAGAGCCUUGGUCAUGGACUAGUAGAGUGCUACUGUGCUAGUUGCUGCACAAAUCCAAAAUCUGAGAGACGUUCCCCGAGGUACAGGGGCUACCAUUCUAGCCAAGAUGAGAAGAAUGAAAAAAAUGUGUAAAGGCAGUAUUAAUCAACAUGGUCAGCAGUGAUAUCAGGCCAGCAGUGUUCUGGGUAUUGUCUUAUUAUUGGGGUAGAGGGUUAGUUGUUGUGACCAAAGGGAGGUGUUGCAGGACAGCCAACUACCUUACAGUCCCAGACCAUGUGGGUUUCAUGUGGUAUGAGGGAGGGAAGGAGGGGGAGAAGGAGAUUUACUGCAUGACUCCACAACUUGUUUCAAAGAUCAAAAUUUACUGCACAAGUUACAACGGUACAAAGCAGCAAUUCUUAUUAACAGAAACUUAGCUCAACUAGAAUACUUAGUUUCUAAUUACACUAAAAGUUAUGCUAAUGGCAACUAGUUAGUGAACAGACAAAGCUAGCUAAUUUAUACUAGCCGUAACUACCAACACAAAUGAACUGGGCAAACCAAUUCUGAUUGAUCUUACCCAGGUGUUGCCUUAGCAGCCAAUGUACGCUCAAUGCCAGAGAAGUAACUGCAGGAGGGCACCCUUGUCCCAAGGGGAUCCACAAGUUUGCAGACCCACUGUCACCUGCAAAGAGCCAAAGAUGGCCUCUGGGGCCAACCUAUUUAUACACUUCAGGGGAAGGUGGAGGUGGAGUCAUGAGGCCAGUUGCAGGUCUCUUUGUGCAGUCCCUAGCUUUUAAUUCCAGUCUGCAAUGAUUAACACUGCCCCAGCACUGAAAGGAGGUGUUCUCUCUCAAGGCCUGGAGGAGGAGGAGGAGAUAAAUCCAGUCCACAGUGAUUAACACUGCCCCAACAGCAAGAGGAGGCUUCAUUAUCUCUCAAGGUCCUGGUGCCCAAGCAGGCCUUAUCUCAAAGUCCUGACAUCCUCCCUUUCAGUGUGUGAGGCACAGGAAUGCAGACUGUUUGUAACUGGCACCAGAUGGGGGGUGGGGGGAGGCUGGGAGCAUCCCCCCCGCAGGAGUUUUUGGAGAAGAAUUCUGGGGAAAAUAAUCAAGUAACUUUGCAGAUGUUUCCAUGGAAUUCCUUUAAGGCAUGAGAAAAAGCAUGCUUGUUUGCAAUUAAACUAAUGACUUCUCUGACCAACUGGGGGUGGGAGUUAGUAUCUCAUCAGCAAAAGGAGAGACAGAGGACAGGCCACAAAACCUCAAAAAUGAAAACUGGAAGUUUGUAUUUGUCACACUCAGCAGUGGGAAGUAAGCUGAAGUAUCUCAAGAAAAAAAUAGAAUGGUCAAAACAAUAGUUUCAAGAAUGACUUGAAGCAAUACUCUGUUCAGACAUGAAUAACACAAGACUGGGUUGGUCAAGGCCAGUGAAAAAGGACGAAGUGAAAAUCUGGAUGAAAAGCCAGUCUCUUAUGGGUGUGGGGUUUUUUGGGUUUUUUUUUGUUUUGUUUUGUUUUUUAAUUAGAUAUGGAGAACUCUAGAUGUCAGGAUCUGAAAGAAGGCUGAGCUCAAGAGGAUACUCAGACUAUAGGUCUGACUGACAGGCUGAAUGUGGCCUUAACUGUGCCCUUUGACACAAGAAGUGUGUGCGUGUCACAGUGUCCAUUUGUUUUUGUUUCUUUUACAGGCAGAGAAUAGAGUGGGAGAAAGAGUUAGAAGCACCCACAGAAGAAUGUUACAGAAACAGAACAUGAACUUUACUUUGGAAAGGAGAGGCAACUGGAAUAGAGUUAAAAGAGUUAGCUGAUUGAAAACAAUGAAUUAUAUCCUGAUGUUGUUAUGCUACAGCAUUGAAAACUCCCUACAUUUAGUGAAGGACAUCUGUGAAGAUUAUUGUCAUGUUCUUCAAGCUGUAAUAUCUCUCUUUUUCCAGACUAGUUUUAAGAUUCUCAUCCUAACUUAACAUGAUGUUUUAUUAAAUGGAGUGAGCUACCUGAGAUGCAGUUAGAACUCUCUUAAGACAAUAUUUGAUAAGUACUUCUUAAGUAAGUUUGUUCAAACUGAGACUUCAACCCCUUCUACCAGGGAUUAGCAUGAGCCUGAAAAACAGUGCAGUUAUCAAAGAACUGGCUGCUAGGGGUCUUGAUUCAAUGACUGGUUGGAAAAGGACAUCUAUACUCUGGGAAAAUGGAAGAAAGGGCAGAGGGGAGGAGGAGGAGGAAGAUGUUAAAGAGAGAACCCAGCCACGUAGAAAGUUAAAGGGCUACAGAAGCACUUCCAUUGAGAGCAUAGUUAGCAUUGUCUCUAAUUGUUGCAAAUUAAUAUUGCCAGUAGUAAAUUAAUACUUCUCAUGAAUCAGAUAUUGUUGACAUACAAAUGCACUAAUAUAUGGUUUCAUUUUCCAGUGUACAUCAGCAUUCUGUCUACAGCUUGUUACAGCUUGCGUGAAAGAUCUGUGAGAGGGCCACCUCUCAACCUGCAAAUGAAAUCUCACAAUUUCCAGCACACUUUGUCCUGGCAGGCAGGAAAUGAUCCAACUGUGCCAACACACUAUCGUGUGCUGUACACUGACCGCAGGAACUGGAUGACUGCUAAACAAUGUUCAGAUAUUAUGCAACUCUUGUGCAAUCUGACAGAGGAUUUUAAAGAUGUUUUCAUUCAGUACUCUACAUUGGUUCAGAGCUUCAUAGGAACUGAAGUAUUCAAUUCUUCUGCACUUAAUUUUAUGCCAUUUACUGACACAUUGCUGGGACCACCAGAAGUUAAUGUAAGUUCCUGUCCAAACUGCAUAAAUAUCACUGUAAAGCUGCCAACAUCUCACUUUAGAAAAAAUGAAAAGCUGCUGUCUUUAAUUGAUAUAUAUGAAGAGCUUGAUUAUGAGAUAACACUGAAAACACAUGAUGGACAGCAUAAGAGGCCACGUGAAAGAACGACUAGAGAAAUUUUUAAUACGGUCAUUGAAGAUUUGUAUCCAAAUAGAAAUUAUUGUGUGUCCGUUACGGUCUCUGCAUCUCUAAACAAACAUUCCAUCUCAUCACCCUGGAAAUGUGUAACUGCAGACUCUGUAGCUCAACAAGAUUAUCGUAUAGCUACAAUCACAGGUGCUGUAUGUUUUUCAUUGACUAUCAUUGUCAUCAUAAGCUGUAUGUAUGCAGGAGGUUUUAUUCUUCAAAACAAAUCACUUCCACGUACCUUGGUAUUCAUCAGAACAUUAGCCUAUUCACCUUUUACAUUUGAACCUGAAAAAAUAACCUCUGUAGAGAUAAUUUCUAAAGAGGUUAAAAAAAAGGCAAAGGAAUGUAGUGGCAAUGGCAGUGAUGAAGACGAUGACGACAGCGUAAGCGAUGCCAGAAGUAAUCAUGACUAUACAAGGCGUGAUAUUUUCAGCAGAGUGCCUCAUUCCUCUGACACGUCAAAUGCAUUUGUGCAAUGCUGUAAAGACAGUACGUGUGAAGACAGCAGCAGUCAGGCAAGUCAAAAUCCAGGCAGUGACCUAGAAGACUUUGAAGAGAAUGAAGUGGACAUUGAAGAAGAUAAAGGUGCAAGUAUGGAGUUACUUAAUCCUUUCUCUGAGGUAAAUUGUACUUCUUCUGGGUCGAGGAGCAGUGCUUGCUUUACCAUAAACUUACAAACUGUUCUGCUGGGAACCUCUGAAGAGAAUGUAGAUAGUUCUGCUGCUCUCCUCUCUUCCCAAGAAGAUAAGGUUGACUGGCUAGAUUCUGGUGCUUUUGGAUCAAAGCUCCUUGAUGAUACAGGAAGUGUGCAGAAACCACUCUGUCAUAACAUCUCUCACGAAUGGGAAAAUUCUUCUAGUUCUGAUGAAAGUGAUUCAUCAGAUUCAGAUAUGGACCAAAAAACUGAAUACAUAAGAAGAUGAAUAAGUGAGAACUAUUGUUUUAUAACAUACAAAUAUAUAUUGUCCGCUUUAUCUGUUUCUGGACUGAACACAGAUUUGGUCUUUCUCUUUUUUAACAUUCUUGAAAGUAUAUGCCUGUAUCUCAAUAGUUAGUGAGACUCACUUUUAACAAAUAGUGCUGUGGUAUCUUCAGGUAUGGUCCAGGUUGUAUUAUCUACAGAGAAAUGCAGAUGACUGUGUCAUGUAAGAUGAUGCAGAGAUACAGAGCAGUUAUUUCAUUUUGCAGUUUGAUGGUGCCUAGGAGGAGUUUAUGGUAUAGGAAGAGGUGAGUGGCUGCUCUCCUAACCAGACCUUCUGACUAUCAGUGUUGGGAAGAAUGGUAAUAUGAAAGGAAUCUCUGCCAUUAUUUCUUAGCUCUGUUGGUGUGUUACUGUGAAACCUGUUUUACCAGAUGGAUUGCAAACAUCAAGGUAGUCCUGUAUUCAAGUCAGCAAAGUGAUUUCCGCGUGAAUGCGUUUGUGCAGAGAAAGCUGAUCAAAUGAAAUCUCAGAGAGGAAGAUAAAAAUACUCAGCAGCUUACAAAAUGUCCUAAAUGGGAAUCAAGGCAUUAUAUAAACCUUAUUUUUAAUGUUUUUAUAAUUUUGUGCAGUUAAUGUGUACUACAUUUUUAAUGUCAUAAAAGCAUUUUAAGAAACA